AUGGCGCGAGUUUACGCGGACGUCAACGCCAACAUGCCACGGUCAUACUGGGACUACGAUUCGGUAGCCAUAUCGUGGGGCGUGCUGGAGAACUACGAAAUCGUCAGGAAAAUCGGUCGCGGGAAAUACUCUGAGGUCUUUGAGGGUAUCAACAUCGUGAACUACCAGAAAUGCGUCAUCAAGGUGCUCAAGCCGGUCAAGAAGAAGAAAAUUAAGCGUGAGAUCAAGAUCCUUCAGAACUUGGCUGGGGGUCCCAACAUUGUGGCACUCUUGGACGUGGUACGCGACAGCCAGAGCAAGACGCCCUCCCUGAUCUUUGAGAACGUCGACAACACCGAUUUCCGGACCCUCUACCCCCGCUUCGUGGACUACGACGUGCGUUACUACAUCUUUGAAUUGCUCAAGGCCUUGGACUUCUGUCACAGCAAAGGGAUUAUGCAUCGAGAUGUGAAGCCGCAUAACGUUAUGAUCGAUCAUGCGAAAAGAAAGCUUCGGCUGAUCGAUUGGGGUCUCGCUGAAUUCUACCACCAAGGCACAGAGUACAACGUGCGCGUGGCCUCCCGCUACUUCAAAGGGCCUGAGUUACUUGUCGACUACCAGGAAUAUGAUUACUCUCUGGACAUGUGGUCUUUGGGAGCAAUGUUUGCUUCCAUGAUCUUCCGCAAAGAACCCUUCUUCCACGGAAAUAGCAAUUCUGAUCAGCUCGUCAAAAUCGCCAAAGUUCUGGGUACAGACGAUCUCUUUGAGUACCUCGACCGCUACGACAUUGAGCUCGACGCGCAGUAUGACGACAUACUUAGUAGGUUCCCGAAGAAGCCGUGGCAGAGCUUCGUCAAUGCGGACAAUCAACGCUUCGUCAGCCCAGAAGCUAUUGACUUUCUGGACAAGCUGUUGAGAUAUGAUCACCAGGAGCGUCUUACUGCACAGGAAGCAAUGGCACAUCCUUACUUUGCCCCGGUCAGGAAUGCGGCAGCACAGCAACAGCAGCAGCAGAACUCCCAGAAUCAUGUCUCGUGA